AUUGGCAAAACAAAACAAAAAAAAUAAAAAAAAACAACAACGAGGUUUAGCAAAGCUUUGUUGGGGGAUCCCCCACCGCUCGUCUUCUUUAUUUGAAAAAUCCUGCGACUAUCUAGCAAAACCCUAAUUUAAAUCCUUCGUUCCUUAGCGUCAAAACCCUUUGUUACAAAUAGUUCUGAGGAUUGUAUCGUGUCGUACAAUACAAUGAUUCGUAGAUCAUCGACCAAGAAAACUGGGACAACAAAUCCUUCAGCUUCUGCUGAUCUCUCCCGAACGGCUUCAGGCAAAGCGGUUACCAAGGAGUUGGAACGAAUUGGCCAAUUAUUUAACUCAUAUGCAAAUAGGGCCACAAACAUGAUCGAGCCAGAAGGAAUUGAGGCGCUUUGUUCAGAUUUGGGAGUGGAUCAUACUGAUGUUAGGAUACUGAUGCUUGCGUGGAAGAUGAAAUCUGAAAAGCAGGGAUAUUUCACUCUGGAUGAAUGGCAGGUUGGCCUCAAAUCAUUACAUGCGGAUACUAUAGCCAAACUAAAAAAAGCACUCGCGGGUCUGGUGAACGAGGUCAGGAAACCAUCCAAUUUUUUGGAUUUCUAUUCGUAUGCCUUUCGAUACUGCUUAACAGAGGAGAAGCAAAAGAGUAUCGAUACAGAAAGCAUCUGUGAAUUGUUGGAUCUCGUCUUAGGUUCUCAAUUUUCUCCCCAAGUUAGUUCACUUGUUGAGUACCUUAAGUGUCAAAAUGAUUAUAAGGUUAUAAACAUGGACCAGUGGAUGGGCUUUUUUCGAUUUUGCAACGAGAUAAGCUUUCCAGACCUGAAGAACUAUGACCCAGACCUUGCUUGGCCCUUGAUCCUGGAUAAUUUUGUUGACCGGAUGAAAGUGCAGAAAAGGUAGCUGGUUUUCAACUUCUUUGGUGUGGCUAUGCGUUACCAAAUAUGAUUGGUCUGGUAAUUCGAAAGCUGGGCUAGUGGAACUUCAUUCCUGCAUUGAUUUAUAUGCUUGCAGCUUUCCGUUCCUAGGAACUGUCUUCUCAGGCAUUUAGCAGUUUUCUGUAAGGCCAGGCACUGUGUUACUAUUUUGUACUAGAAUACUGAUAAUAGUUAAAACUGUUAACCUUUUAAGAUCACGUUCCAAAAAAUAGUCAUGCUUCCAACCCUCUACAAUCACCGAGCAAACAGGGAAGUCAGUAAUCAAAAAAUAAUAUUUGGAA